AUGCCUGCGAUAACUGCGAAGGCUGUUGCUGACGGCCUGGUCGAGAGUCCCAAAGGUGAAGUUGGAGAGUCAAAGGGGCUAGGCCGAAGUGGGUGGGCACAGACCACUCCGCAUUCCCGUCACCUGCGAGGCCUCCACCCUCUAGCGUGUUUAGCGUGUUUAGUGCGCAGUCUCGCAGUAUACUUCGGAGUAUGCUUCACUCAUGGCGGCUUCCCUGUGGACCGCGAUGUACUUCCACUCUUCGCUAUGCCUAUCAUGAGGACGGGCGCUUCUACUGCUUUGCUUUUCUACUAUCCUCCUUCCCAGCCGGUGUCCAUGGUUGAGUCUCGAGCAUCUCAUGCGGCCAAGUCCACCUGGGACUUCCCGCAAAGCUUCCAUAUACAAGCCUAUCCACACUGGCAAGCCAGUCCACUAUGCCACUAUUUCACGAUCAUGAUCAUGAUCACCAACACCACCAGUCUUCCACAGUCGGCCUUUUCGACCAUGUCGAUCACCGCUCUGGCCGGUGCGCACCCUGUGGCGAUCGGUGUGAAAAUCGUCCGUGAAUCCCACUUCCCCGCCCCAGCAUUGGCGGAGCCCACUCCUCCCCCAAGUUAG